CUGCUCUCCAAAACCGCGUGGAAGCAGACCCUGACUUACUGGUAGAAUCUGUAUCCAAAUCACCCACUCACUGUGCUACAGAAACUGCUGCAGAGGGGAGUUGUGAAAGAUGUCCUCCAGAACAAAGUACAGAAGAAAUUGUUGAAGCUGUAGCUGAGGUUGCGGUGGAGUCAUCACCAGAGACCCCUGCUGUAAAUAAUGCAACACCAAGAGACAAGGCUGCUCUACAAGACACUGUGGAACCAAUCCUUGAUGCUGUAUCUGAAUCACCCGCUCAAUCUGCUGCCGAAACUACAGUCAACCGUGUGGAGUCUGAAGUUGAGUCUGCAGCUCCAACAGAACCGGAUUUAAAGGUCAGCGCUGAAGAGGUAAUUGAGUGUGAAAUCCAGCCUGUUAAUAAUACUGUUGUUAAGCAAAGUGCUGAGCCAGCAUCUGAGAAUUCAGCAGUUGGUGUGAUGGAGUUGAGCAUCGAGGAUGCUCUUGAACCUGCUUCAGACACUGGAGCAGAUAAGUUAUGUGACAGAGCCAUUGAACUGACUGAUGAAUUAGAUGUUGAGCCGCCCACAGCUGAAGCUGUUCCUACACCUGUGGAAGAUCCAAAACAAUCCCACUCAGAGGAGUCAAAAGUGAACCAGUCUGACGAUACCAACACCACUGAAAUGUUUCAAAAGCCCAGGGAGGAGCUACCAUCCAAACACACUCUGAAAUACACCAGUGAUGGCAGAGCUAUUUGUUCAUUCUGUGACCAAGUAAUUGAUGGAAACAUCAAGAUCUCACUCAAUGAGCCUCUGGUAACCUGCCACCCUGACUGUCUGCAGUGUGGAGUGUGUGCUAAGGUCCUGGGAGAUCUGCUGACCCCAAUGUUCCUGCAUGACCAAGUGAUCCACUGUGGUGGCUGCUUUGCAAAAGCUCUCAAGGCCUGAAGCCUAACUGGGACAAACAUGUUGUUGGAGGACUCAAAGCAUACCGUGAUUAAUGUGUUGUACGGGCUGAGAACCUCACCACUGUUGCCUUAACUCGGUUUUCUGUCUUUUGACCCAGUUUUCCUACAAAAGGUUUUUU